ACCUUCAAUCGCAACACCAGAAUCGGAUCGACAUUAUAAUGCCCUCCAUGUAUAUACUACUAGACAUACAAUAUUAAACCCAAAAAAGAGAUCCCAGAUUUCCACAACGAAGUACUUACUUUCCCUUUUUACUUCCUCUUCCUCCGCCUCCGGCUGUAGUUUAACUAAAACCAUUUAUUUACCCAGAAGAAAGGAGGGGACUGGGAGGAUAUAUACAAUGAAGGUUCCAACAGGGUUCAUAGCCACGCUCUGGAGCUUCCUGUCCUUUCUUCCUUUCUUCUUCUUGCUCCUCCUCCUCGGCCUUCUCAAAGGGGUGAUCAUGGCUCCAGUGGUGGGAAGCAUUAUUGGGUUUGGAAAUUCAGCAGUGAUUAUUGGGCUUUGGCCAGCACACUUCAUCUGGACCUGCUACUGUGUGGCAAAAACCAAAAGGCUUGGACUGAUCUUGAAGAUUUUGUCACUGUUGUUGCUGCCAGUGCCUUUAGUCCUUUGGCCGAUCGUCGGAAUAGUUUGUAGCUUUUUGGGUGGCAUUGCAUAUGGGUUCUUUGCUCCUCUACUUGCAACUUUUGAGGCUGUUGGAGAGAGUGUCACCGAUAAGUUCUUCCAUUGCUUUGUUGAUGGAAUUUGGUCCACAAUCGAGUCAAGCUUCACGGUGGUAUGGGAUUUUACCGAUAUCUGCUUCCACUCAUAUUUCUCCUUCAUGGAUGAGCUGAGUGAGGAGAUGCCUGCGGACCAGAAUCCUAUUGACAUAAAGCUAUUAAAAGUGCCGAACUGUUUGUUGGUUAUCCUUCUUGGCAUCCUAGUGGAUGUGCCUUUGAUUACGGCUGUUGCUAUUUGGAAAAGCCCUUGCAUGCUGUUUAAAGGGUGGAAGAGGAUGUUUGAAGACUUAAUUGGAAGAGAAGGUCCGUUUCUGGAGACAGUAUGCGUCCCAUUUGCUGCUCUUGCAAUAAUCUUAUGGCCACUGGCCGUAGUGGGAGCUGUGAUAAGUGCUUUCUUUGCCAGCUUCUUUCUCGUUCUAUACAGUGCAGUGGUUGUCCAUCAGGAAGACUCAUUUCUGAUGGGACUUGCAUACGUCAUGGCUGUAAUUUCUCUUUUUGACGAAUAUACAAAUGAUUUACUGUACUUGAGAGAGGGGUCCUGCUUUCCCAGGCCAAGAUACCGUCGGCACAUAAGCCGUGGCGGCGGCAUUGACAGAAAAGAGUCAAUUGACAGUGUUAGAAAUGGUCAGCAGAAUUGGAGAGAAGGAUCAUACAAUUCAAAGCUGGUUUCAGAACGAUCAUGGACAUUAAAGUGGGCUAUGCAACAGAACACCCCUAUACAGAUAUGGGAUUGGCUGUUCAAAUCAUGCGAGGUGAAUGGGAGGAUACUACUCCGUGAGGGUCUAAUUGAUGUCAAAGACUUGGAGGAAUGCGUUCUACAGGGAAAUUAUAAGAAGUUAGGUAUUAAACUACCUGCAUGGUCCAUUCUACAGUGUCUUUUGGCUUCAGCGAAGUCAGAUUCGUCAGGGUUGGUGAUCUCUGAUGACGUUGAGUUGACGAGAAGUAACUGGCCAAACGACAAAGUGUUUGAGUGGUUCAUUGGGCCACUCUUGAUAAUGAAAGAGCAAAUAAAAGGACUUCAAUUACAUGAAAAUGAGGAGAUCUGCCUGAAGAACCUUAUUAUGCAGUGCAAGAAUGAUAAACCAGAAGAGUGGGAUGACACUGGUUUUCCAUCCAGUGACAAUGUCAGAAGAGCUCAGUUGCAAGCAAUUAUUAGAAGGCUGCAGGGAAUUGUUGGUUCCAUGUCCCGGAUGCCAACCUUCAGACGACGGUUCCAGAAUUUGGUGAAGGUGUUGUGCAUAGAAGCUAUUCAGACAGGUGUUUUAGCAAAUGAUAUGGGAGAGAGACUGAAAACCAGAUAUGGUGGCAAAAACUUCCCUGGAGGUGGCAGUGGGAAAAGUAAGGACGCAACAGCAGAGAUAAGCGAGCAUUAUGCGGAUGAUGGGAAUAUUGUGUGAUGAUAGUGUGACUGUGUGAGAAGAAUUUUCCAUGAUAUGUAAUUGAGCCUUUUGGUGAACUGUUUCUGAAUCCCCUUUUGCAUUCUAAAUCAAAAGAUCCUCGUCAUCGACCAGUCUGUCAUUUGGGGAACAUUUCUAUAAAUGAGUUCAAUAUAUACUUGUAACAGACGGAACGUUGUGAUAUACGUUUGCUGUGGCCUGUGGGAUACCAGUGCUCAAAAAGGCCGCCUUGGGUGAUUAUUUUGCAUAGUGAUAAGUGCAAUCAUUUGUAGAACCGACUUUACCUUGGCUUGAAUUAUUUUACCCCGUGUCUGCUGUUGGAGAAAAAGACUGCAUUUUAAUUGCAUUUCUGAAAGAAUGGAGUUUUCCCAG